UUUUACCCAUUUUCCCCCGAUUUUUUUCUGGUCAAACCUCUUUGCUCUUGUUGUCAUAUACCGCCUCUCUCCCACUCCACUCUCUUUGCCCUUCUCUCUCUGAUAUUCCUUGGUGAUUGCUUGCAAACAGACUUUGCAGCAAACCAUCAAACCAACAAGACCACAAAGCUCGGCGUGGCUGACAUUUCAUCGCAUUUCCUCUUCUUCUGCUGUACACACCCCUCCGCACCUACUCUCCCACCACAUUAAACCCGACUAUCCCUCUUCCUUCUCGCCCUUCCUGUCAUCUUCUUACCAGCCAAAAUGGCCGGUGCUACCAACGGAGCCGUCAACGGCGUCGACAAGCGUGAAACCUUCCUUUUCACCUCGGAAUCUGUUGGUGAGGGUCACCCGGACAAGAUUGCCGACCAAGUCUCGGACGCCAUCCUCGAUGCCUGCCUCAAGGAAGACCCUCUCUCCAAAGUUGCCUGCGAGACUGCCACCAAGACCGGCAUGAUUAUGGUCUUCGGCGAGAUCACAACCAAAGCCCAUCUCGACUACCAACGGAUCGUCCGUGAGGCCAUCAAAGAAAUCGGCUACGAUUCUUCCGACAAGGGCUUCGACUACAAGACUUGUAACGUCCUGGUCGCUAUCGAAGAACAGUCUCCAGAUAUUGCUCAGGGUCUGCACUAUGAGGAGGCACUAGAAAAGCUGGGCGCUGGUGACCAGGGUAUCAUGUUCGGUUAUGCCACCGACGAGACUCCAGAACUGCUUCCUCUGACCAUCCAACUUGCUCACAAGCUGAAUGCGGCCAUGACACAGGCCCGCAAGUCCGGCGAGCUUCCUUGGCUGCGGCCGGAUACUAAGACUCAGGUCACCGUGGAAUACGCCCACGAUGGAGGUGCCGUGGUGCCUUUGAGAGUGGAUACUGUUGUCGUCUCAGCUCAACAUUCAGAGGACAUCAGCACCGAAGAUCUUCGCAAGGAAAUCUUGGAGAAGAUCAUCAAGAAAGUCAUCCCAGCCAAAUACCUCGAUGACAAGACCGUCUACCACAUCCAGCCGUCUGGGCUCUUCAUCAUCGGUGGUCCCCAGGGCGAUGCUGGACUUACUGGCCGUAAGAUCAUUGUCGACACCUACGGUGGUUGGGGCGCUCACGGUGGUGGUGCUUUCUCGGGCAAGGACUACAGCAAGGUCGAUCGAUCAGCUGCCUAUCUCGCUCGGUGGAUCGCCAAGUCUCUCGUCAAAGCUGGUCUCGCCCGUCGUUGCCUUGUUCAGCUGUCAUACGCCAUUGGUGUUGCCGAGCCAUUGUCUCUGUUUGUCGAGACGUAUGGCACAAGCGACAAGUCCAGCACUGAAUUGGUCAAGAUCAUCCAUAACAACUUUGACCUCCGACCUGGUGUCAUUGUCAAGGAGUUGAACCUCACCAACCCCAUCUACAACAAGACCUCCAAGAACGGCCACUUCAGCGACCAGAGCUUCCCCUGGGAACAGCCCAAGCCCUUGAAGUUCUAAAUCACCUGUCGAAAUCAAAUCACCACCACAUCCAUGAGGGGAGCGGAUGACUGAACGAAACAGAGUAGGCGGAGCAUGCUGUUGGCGACGAGGCGAGGUUCGGGCUCCUGGUUUCAACAGACUCAGGGACGAACUUUUUGCCUCGCUUGCUACAUCUUGCGAGUCUCUUCUUUCAACAGAUAGAAAGCGUGUGAUGUGUUGCAUUUUGUGGUCCUGAAGAGAGAGUCGGGCUAGAGACGAUUUUUCUUUGUUCUCAAAAAAGUUUCUGGGGCGUGGGUUUGUCUGACGAUAUUCAACAUGUUAUGAUACCCCUACGCGCAAGAUACAUUGGAUUUUUGUGGUUCCAUCAACAGGGCAUUGGGAUUGGCGUUCAACUCGCUAUGCUAGACGAAAGAAACGUUUGGGGAACUGUAGGAGAUUGAGAUAGAUCCCAUCGGCAUCACAGACGGCCAGUGGAUCGACGUGACUCGACUUGAGAUUGCGCCCGCUGAGCGCAAGGGGGCAUCACUGUACUCGAAAGACUACAGAAUCGCUCGACGCUCGCUGUCAACGAAUAGGUCGAAUCCGCACGAGCUUCAAAGUACAAUCGAUCGAAUUUGCAAUGGCGAGUGGAUGUUUUGCUGGUGCUCUACAAUCCUUACCGUGACUACGGAGUUUUGGCUUUAUGUUCACCUCAUGACUGGUCCCGUUCAGCCUAGCCACAAGAACUCCUUCUCCCUGGCCAAUUGAUAUGAAUUGUAGCUGCCAGAGUGGGAGCCUUGGAAAGAGAUGCGCUCUUACAGAAUGGACAUAGACUAACGUCUUCUCAGGAUCUUGCAGAGCCCACAGCCAAGGUAAGGCGCCCAUCUAGGUACCGGGAGGAGUUACUGGUACUGUCAAAGUAAAG